UCGGGAGAAUGGGAGAGAGAGAGAGAGAGAGAGAGAGAAAGAGAGAGAGGUGAAGGAGUGAAUGGAGGAGGAUAUUACUACAACUGCAUAAACCGGUGGAGAGGAGCAGCAGCAGCAAAGAGCGCACAGAGACGCACAAGAAAAAAAGAGGAGCUCGAGCGCAGACGCAGAACUCUGAUUGACUCUGAUGGACUAACACAUUUGUCCUCUUACAGAAUUUAUAGGGACGCUCAACAAGUGGGGCUUUUGCUAUUUGAGGGCUGGCACUUUGCACUGCGCUUUAAUUUUUUCUGCUCUUUUGCAGUGCUUACGCCGAUUCCACCUUGCGGUCAGAUUUUUUUUUUUUUUUUUUUUUUUUUUUUUUGGAACAGGACGCACUAAACUGAUGCCGCAGUGGUCAGGUAAACAGAAACAGCAGGUCUUGAGCAAAGAGGGAAACCAGAUUUCAGAUGAUUUUAUGAUUUAGGCAAAUUUUCCAAUGUACCCAUAUUUUACUUCUUCAUAAAACAAACAUUUGCGCUGAUAAUUAAUUCUAACAUACUAAUUCAGUCCGGUGUUUCUUUACCUCGUGGGCUUUGUGAAAGGCUUGCACAGAUAGUUAGGUGUAUGCUCUUUUCCAUCUAAGCUGAAAUAAAGAGUCAGAGGCUGCAGGUAUACUGCGGACACGCACGGGAAAGGGGGCAACGCGUCCCCACUAAGUGUCUGCGCAAAGUGCACAAGUGUGCCAAGCAGCUAUUUAGGGUUCACUUCGCGAAAACUCGGAAUUUUUGCUGUGGUUCUUUAGCAACAUUGAACACCUGCUGUUAUUCCAAAUCUACAGCUUCUAAAAACCCUCAAGUUUGAGUGAGAAACUUUGAAUGUCCUCUCGAACUCUUUGGGAUGCACUGAUGUAUGUUUUCAUCUGAUUGCUUUUUUUUUGUUUUUGUUUUUUAAGUAGGUUCAUUACAGUUUAAAAAAAAUCGAAACAAAAAAGACAGAAAAAACAGCUGUUUUCUCUGUCGCUUGUGAAAACGUGCGCAGAUUUCUCUAAUCUCAGCCUGUGUGAGUUUCCUUUGUUAAAUAAAAUAAAAAUUAAAAAGGCUGAAAUCUCCUUUUAUACAUCGGCCAAACGCUUAACCCGAGAAAAUGCUGUUGAUCAGACUACUGGCUAUCUUCCUCGUCUUCAUCACUAACACGUGGCUGCUUCGCUCCGAUGCACUGAGCCUCUACAAACGCUCCUUGGCCCGGCAGGCAGACCGUGAGCUGUCCAGGCUGGCAGGUGAACCCUGCACCGUCUCCGGCGUGUGGAGGUCCCGGCAGCAGCCCCGCUCUCACUCCCCGACCCAACACCGCCCUCCAGCGGCCCGUACGAGGACGCACACGAGCGGGAGAGAGUUGUACAGUCUUAAGAGCGCUCGUGCGGUCUGUGCAGGAGGGUGCGGGUUUGAAGCCGGGGCGCGAGGGUUCGCUCUUGCGGGGGAGGAGGAGAAGGGAGGCCGGGGAGACGCCGAGAUAGUGGCGGGGAGAGAGGGGGGAGAAUAUUUCGGGUCGCCCGGAGGCUCCACGGACAACCAGAAGGAGCAGAAUGAAGUAGGCGCAAGCGGCGGGCAGACUGUCCUCAAAGACGCCGUGUCUUCCUCGCGCGCCCCUCGCGACCCCCGCUCCAGGUUUAUCCGCAGCCUCCACGGGACGUUUCGCUACGAAGAAGAGGGCAACUCCAGCUGGGAGAAAGUCGCCCCGUUCAGCUCCACGGAUUCCAGGGGGCUUCAGGUCCUCCAAAGGCUCCAGCAGGGAGAUGAAGACUACCAGUCCUCCACAACAACCCCCGAAAGCGUCACGGAGGACUACUCUGACGAGGUGCAAGAGGGAGACAGGCUUCCCGCAGGCACCUGGGGGAGCCCUGUACCAAGAGUGCCCCCGUCCUGGAUGACAGCCCUGUACUUCAACGGGCGUCGGGAACAACUGAAGGUGAAGCUGCCGGCGGGAGUGGAGCUUCCGAGGGCCACGUUCAGCCUGGAGCUUUGGGUGAAGGCAGAGGGAGGGCAGAGCAAUCCCGCGGUCAUAGCAGGUGUUUUUGACAACUGUUCCCACUCACUAAGUGAGAAGGGUUGGUCAGUAGGCAUUCGCACUGUGGAAACUGCUGGCACCAGAGACGCAUGCUUCUACUUCACACUUCGUACAGACCGAGCUGUGAAAUCCACCACUGUCUACAGCCACCAGCGGUACCGAGCCAAUGUCUGGACUCACCUGAUGGCCGCUUACAAUGGUCAUAACAUGACUCUCUAUGUUGAUGGAGCUAAGGUAGGAGAAAGCAGCCACCAGUCAGGGAAUCUCUACAGCCCCUUCAUGAAGGCCUGCAGAACCCUCUUUCUUGGCAGCAAUCAGUCCGAUCAGGGGCAAAGCUUUAGGGGCCACGUAGGAGGUGUGGUCUUGUGGGGCUAUGCCCGCUCCCAUGCGGACUUGCUCAAACGGCCACUCCAAAUUGACAUGAGUGAGCCAGUCCUGGCGAUGUGGGCUGACUUUACUAAUGUGGAACAGCUAUGGACUCCAUAUAAAGACCAUCAUCCAACCAUCAUCACCAGUCCUGUGCCUGAGCCAGAAAUUGUCUCUUCCUUCUCGCCACCACCCUGUGGCCUUACACCCUGUGACAAUAUAGACAUCAUCUCUGGGUACAAUGAAAACUGGCAGCUCCGAACACCCAAGCGAAUUCGCUACCGGAUUGUCAACCUCUCCAACGAUGAUGGUGGAAACCCCACCGUGACGGAAGCCCAAAUUCAGCUCCAGCACCAGGCUCUGACUCAGGCCUUCGGCCCUUACAACAUUACUUUGGAUCUGAGUGUCCACACAGUGAAAAACUCUAGCCUCCGGGAGAGAUUCAUCCUCAGCAACUGCCGUAUUGCAAAGAUUGGGAACCGCCAGUGUGACCCAGAAUGUGACCAUCCGAGGACGGGUCAUGAUGGAGGGGACUGUCUCAGGGUGGGGCCCUGUUACAACUGGAAGAGGCAGGAUGGGGUUUGUAAUAUGGAGUGCAACAGUAUACACUACGACUAUGAUGAUGGAGACUGUUGUGACCCAGACGUUACAGAUGUGCUCAAGACCUGUUUUGAUCCUGAAUCUCCUGACAGGGCUUAUAUAAGUGUGAAAGAACUAAAGGAGGAACUACAGCUGAGCGGCACAGACACACUCAAUGUCUUCUUUGCAAGCAACUCAAUGCGUGAAGAGCUGGCAGGAGCUGCAACCUGGCCGUGGGCAAAGGAAGCUCUUACACACCAAGGUGGGAUGGUCCUGAAUCCCUCCUACUUUGGCACCACGGGCCACUCCAACACAAUGAUCCAUGAGAUGGGACACAUAUUUGGACUGUACCAUGUCUUCAAGGGCGUGAGUGAACGGGACUCCUGUGAUGAUCCGUGUCAGGAGACCACCCCAUCCAUGGAGACAGGUGAUUUGUGUGCUGACACUGCCCCAACACCUAAAUCCAAAGCCUGCCAUGACCCCGGAGCUGUCAACGAUACAUGUGGCGUCACCACCUACUUGAACACUCCUUACAACAAUUACAUGAGUUACACAGAUGAUAACUGCACCGACCAUUUCACUCCAAACCAAGUGGCCAGGAUGCACUGCUAUCUAGACUUGGUCUACCAGAAGUGGCUGAUGGACCGUCAACCUGCCCCCAUCCCACUGACCCCCAUAGUGACUGAGCAGAGCACAGAUUCAGUCUCGAUUUAUUGGCUCCCACCUAUCAGGGGGUCACUUUAUCAAAGCUCCUCAUUACGUGUAUCUGAUAUCAAUUGUGGAGAUUGUGAGAAAGAUGGCAUCUUCCACCAGUAUGCUUAUGAGGCUUCCUCGACUCGCAUAUGUGACACAUCAGGCUACUGGACACCUGAGGAAGCAACAGGACCACCUGAUGUGGAACAGCCAUGUGAUCCCAGUCUCCAAGCAUGGAGUCCUGAGCUUAGCCUGUAUGACACCAAUGUGACGUCACCAUGUCCGGACACAGAGGGCUGCACCCUUACACUGAGAUUCCUACACCCUAUUGUUCCACAUGCCCUUACGCUCUGGGUCACGUAUAUCUCUGCGAAAAGCCCAUCAAUAGCCAACAUCGAGCUGAUCUCAGACACAGGGAAAAGUAUUAACCUGGGACCACAGCAUGUGUUCUGUGACAUACCCCUCACCAUGCGCCUCGACACCCACAACGUUGCCAUUGCUGCCAUAAAACUCUGCACCUUUGAUGAGAAAAUGGAGAUUGACGCAGCCAUGCUGUCUUCAGGUCCUGGCAGCCCUCUGUGCUCCAGCUGCCAGCCUCUACUCUACCACAUUCGCCGUCAGCCACCUUUCACCAGUAAAGCCCCCUUACCACAGACCCAGCAGACAUUCACGGACAGGUCUGUUACACAGGGAGUUAAGUACAAGUACACAAUCCAGGUGGAAGCUGAUGGUCAGCUCAGUGAUGCUUCGCCACCGCUUCUCUACACACAUGGACAGUCUUACUGUGGAGAUGGCCUCAUACAGGGGACAGAAGAAUGUGAUGACAGUAAUCUGUUGGAUGGCGAUGGCUGCUCUAAGAGAUGUGGCAAGGAGAUGGGCUUUAAAUGCAAUGGUGAACCCAGUCAGUGUUAUGUAUUUGACGGUGACGGCGUGUGUGAGGAAUUUGAGAGGAGUUCCAGUGUUCAGGAUUGUGGUUACUUUACACCUUUGGGUUACACUGACCAGUGGGGAACCACUGCCACAGCUUCUCACCAGGACCGCAACCGUUGUCCUGCCCAUGCUGCCACUGGAGAACCAUCACUUACAAAGCUCUGCACGUACCAUCACCUGCAGGUGAGUGAGAAUUCGCCCCCUGAUGCCUGGUUCCCGUGCACAGCCCAGUCUGGCAUAAACAACAACCUGGAACAUUCACUUUGGCUAAAGGUGGGUUUUGCCCAUCCUGGAGUGGCAGCCUCUGUGAUGGUCUACCUGGCGUCAGAUGGAUCAUGGUCUAGGGAGCAGUGUCGAAGGACAGUCACCAUUCUCCUCUCUGACACUGCUGGCAAGAACCACACAUUAGGCACACAUGACCUCUCAUGCCAUCGAAACCCAUUGGUGGUGAACGUGACGCACGACCUCUCUCAGCCAUUCUUCCUCACGUCCUCUGUUAUCCUCCUCCUUUCCUCCCCCACUGUGGCAGUGGGAGGGGUAGCUCUGAGGACCUCCUGCCACUUCAGCACCUUCGCCCUGACCGGCUGUCUGAGGCAGCCAUGUCAGGUUGACAGCUGUAGUUCUCCUCAUAUAGAGCACGCCUCUGUCAGGUGUACAGGAGGAGGCGAGGCCUAUCGCUGCACUGUUCAGUGCCACAGAGGUUUCAGUAUUACAGUCCUCAAUGGCAGACGGAUCCCACCCCACCAGAGAAAGGCAGAACUGGAGUGUUUCCAUGGUUCAUGGGAUCGUGUCGUUAGCUGUCAGCCCGUAGACUGUGGCUUUCCUGAUCAGUCUUAUGUCUACCACGCCAUAUUCAGUUGUCCUUGGGGAACCACGUUUGGCAAACAGUGCUCCUUCACCUGUGGAUCACCAGCCACUUUACAAGGUGACAGUGACAGAUUGGCGUGUUUGGAGGACGGGCUGUGGUCUUUCCCGGAGGCCUACUGCAAGAUAGAAUGUCCAGAGGUGCCAAUCAUAUCCAAUGCCAAGCUGCUAACAGCAGACUGUCUGGCUUCAGGGCACGAUGUUGGCUCUGUCUGCCGUUACAAAUGCAACCCAGGCUUCUAUGUGUUAGGGAGCCUCAAAAAGAAGAUACGACGGAAGCACUUCAAGUUAGAGUGUCUGGAAGGAGGGCAGUGGGAGGAAACUGGCUGCGAGCCGAUAUCGUGCCCAGCCCCACCUGAUCUAUUCCAGGGCAUGUACACCUGCACCAAUGGCCUGUACUAUGACACCGUUUGCACCCUUCAGUGCUCCGACACAACAAAAAAUAUUGAAAUUCGCUGCACUAAGGAUGGAGAAUGGACAGCAGAAUUUGUCAUGUGUCCCAAUCUCCAGGGAUCUUGUUCUGCUCCUCCAGAUCUCAACUCUGUGGAGUACAGCUGUGACCAUGGGAUGGCUGUUGGUGCUGAAUGCUACCCAACAUGCAUUAUGGCUGUAGACAUGGACCUACAUGACCCGGCGGUUCUGCCCAAUGGUACUACAGUCAAGUCUUUGAAACACUGGAUGGUUCCCAAAAAAGUUCAGAGCAUAGUCUGCACAGGGAUGAUGAAGUGGUACCCUGACCCUCAACACAUCCAUUGCAUCCAGUCCUGUGAGCCUUUUGGAGGGGACGGCUGGUGUGACACCAUAAACAACAGGGCCUACUGCCAGUAUGAUGGAGGAGACUGCUGCCCAUCUACACUCUCCACCAGAAAGGUCAUUCAAUUUGGAGCUGACUGCAAUCAGGAUGAAUGCACUUGCCGGGAUCCGGAUGCAGAAGAGAACAAGAGCAAAGCCAAGCACUUGGAGGGAGGAGGGACACAAUAAGAUGGAGGGAUGAUAUAAAUUGAACUUUAGUUAAAUGGAGUCAAACCACAGAAUAUACACCACAACAAACACAGAAUAUCCCGUUUUUAAGAUUUUAUAACGCAGCGAUUGUGAUUGAAGUCGGACUUUGUACAAUAAAAGGACAUUUUACUGUUAAAGCUGCAUUAAAUAUGAGUCAUGGUGGUUUGAAACUCGAAUUCCUGUGUUCAGUCCAGCAAAACAACAUCCACACAUGAAUAUGUUUUCUCUCCCUGUUAAGAAGUUAAAGGUUAUCUUCUCUAUUGGAUUUGUGAAGAUAAUUCUGUUUUCAACAUCAGAGCCUGACUGAACAGUUUAUCGUCCCCUCUAAAAUUCAAACCAUCAUAAUUGGAUCAAAUCACUUUUGUAAACGGACUCGAGUACUGUUCUGGACAUGAUUAGUCCCGGGAUAGUGAACAACUAAAACAACUGGAUGUGCCUGAAACUGUCCAGUACAGGCAUAGUCCUCACAGGAAGAGCUACUGAGGGAAAAACACAAUAACAGUGACUGUAUUUAAAAAAUGCCGAGGCAAAAUCUCCUGUUUCCUCAUGGAAUCCGCCCAAAUGCUGUCAUUGUACCUGAACGGGCUUCGGAUCCUUGUAGUCGUUAGGAAUGUAAGUGGAUACAUGUAUGUAAAGACUAACAUAUAUAGACUAAUAUAUUUGGAUCACCUAACACAUGUAUUAGAUCACCUAUUAGCCACACAGGUCAGUAAUAUUUCUACUACAAACGUGUAUCAGUAGGUUACAAUUUGUGCAUAGGGCUUCCCCCAAAAAAGAAGAACCCCAAAAGAGAAUGUUCACUUAUAUAAAUACAACAUCAGCAGAAUCAAAUAUUAAUGGCGCAAGGGUUCACUGAAACAUAUCGGCACAUGAAGAUGUUAUUGAAAAGAAAAAAGAGGGAGACUUCUUUGGGAAACCUGGUCACAUCAUCCACUCAGCACAGACAUCUGCUUGCAUGUGUUUACGUCAGACAGCUUUUGGUGUCCAUUAUCUAGAAAUAAUAAACUACCCCAGUACUAUAUUGGAUCUAUAGUAAGUAUAAUCAUGUUUGUUUGUCAUAUUUUACAAUACUGUACUUUAUAUUCUAUGAAAUAAAUAGCAACCUUAUAUUGACCCUUA